GCUGCUCGGCUCAAAAAGCGGAGAUCACUCACACACACGCUCCACACACACCUCACGGUCUCGAGCGAGGAGCACACGCUGGCAUUAGGAGAGGAGCUGAGGCUGCAAGGAGCCUCCACCACCACCACAGAGGGACAAAACGCAGGAGCGAGCAGGACAUGAUUUCUGGGUGUUUUGUGGAACACAAGAGCGCAGCGCAAGACUUUGGCACCGCGUUAAAACGCAGCUGCGGACACGCGGAAUCCGGCUUCCCAGGCUGCGAGAUCUGUUACUUUACGACUCCAGCCUGCUGCUGCUAGUAAAACCCUCCAAGUGGGGAAGAGAGCUCCGUGUGCGCAAAACACGCGGGGACGCAGAGGCGGUGGAUCCGUGGAGUGGGAGCCGCUCGUUUGGACCUUGACGCGCAGUGGAGCCGCUGUCCUCGCCAGAGCGCAGAGAUCCACCCGGAGCCUCCCGGCUGGGGAUCACGCAGUUCUGAUGCAGGAGUUUGUUUGCACGCUGUUUGCUGGAUGAGGUUCUGGUUCCAUCCCUCCUCCGAAUGGACAGAUUCACCCCAGAAAAACCCGCUGCGCAACUGAACAUCUGAAUUCCGCCAGUGACAUGUAGUUGUCACUUAGUUUUCUCCUCCUAUGGUUUAAUAAUCUCCGUGGGAUUAUUACUCAAGAUCUUUAAUUUCCACUGUAACCAGCUUCUUCCCUGUUUGGUCCUGAAGGGGUGUGGAUCUCAUUUCCCCCUUUUCCCUUUUUUUUAUUUCUCAUUUUUGGAGAAUUUCUAUCAACACGAGGUGGAAACAUUAGAAACUUCAAGCUCCCCGCGAGUUUUCUGAAUCAUCCAAGAUGGAUUUUGUGCCAUCGCUGAUUGGAUUUUUAAUGGCAAUGUGUCAUCUGGCGUUUAGAGUCAGAGGAGAAGAGG